AGGAAAAAAGAAGCGAAGAGAAGGCGCUUGGAGAGUGAAGUGGCUUUAGUGCGGUUGGUGCCACUGUGAGGUUCGGCUCUGCUUUCUGUCUCUGAGUUUGGCUACGAAAAGUUUCUCCAGCAUCAUGGGAAUCAGAAAGAAGAACAGCAAAACUCCUCCUGUCCUGAGCCACGAGUUUGUCAUCCAGAACCAUGCAGAUAUUGUGUCGUGUGUGGCCAUGCUCUUCCUGCUGGGACUCAUGUUCGAGAUCACCUCAAAGAUUGCAGUUUUGUUCAUAACGGUGCAAUACAACGUCACGAUAACAGCAAAUGAAGGUGCCGAGGAGACGCCGGUGAAUUAUUUCCAGCAUGGCCUGAAGGAUGUGGCCACUGUCUUCUUCUACAUGCUGGUGGCCAUCAUCAUGCAUGCCAUAAUCCAGGAGUACAUCCUCGAUAAAAUCAACAGGAAGAUGCACUUCUCCAAAACCAAACACAGCAAGUUCAAUGAGUCGGGCCAGCUCAGUGCUUUCUAUCUGUUCUCGUGCGUGUGGGGAGCCAGCAUUCUGGUUUCUGAAAACAUUCUGUCGAACCCCGUCAGUCUGUGGGAAGGCUACCCACACACACUGAUGCCGUUCCAGAUGAAGUUUUACUACAUCUGUCAGCUGGGUUACUGGUUCCAUGCUCUUCCUGAACUCUACUUCCAGAAGAUCAAGAAAGAGGACAUUCCCCGACAGCUGGUUUACAUCAGUCUGUACUUGGUCCACAUCGCAGGAGCUUACAUCCUCAAUCUGAACCGUCUGGGUGUGGUGCUGCUCGUGCUACAUUAUUUCGUCGAGUUGCUCUUCCACGUGUCUCGUAUCAUUUACUUCAGUAACGAAGAGAGACAGACAGGGUUCUCAGUGUGGGCUGUCCUGUUCGUCCUGGCCCGCUUAUUGACUCUGUCUCUCUCCGUCCUCACUGUGGGGUUCGGUUUGGCUGGAUCUGAACGCCAGGGCUUCAACCUGGCCGAGGGAAACUACAACGUGCUGUUUGUUAGAGUAACUGUCCUGGCUGCAAUCUGCAUCACUCAGGCCUUCAUGAUGUGGAAAUUCAUCAACUUCCAGCUGCGGCGGUGGAGAGAACACGCUCAGAUUCUCUCCUCAAAGAAGAAAUCUUCCUCCUCAAAGGGCAAGUCCAGGAAAGCCAACGGCGUGAACGGAUCACUGAGUGCCAACGGAGCAGAUUCUCCCAGAGCCAGGAAGGAGAAAUCAUCCUAAACAGAUCCCGCUGUUCAUUCCUCCUUCCCUCCUCUCCCUCUCUCCCUCUCUCUCUCUCCUCCUUGAUCAUUCCCAGCUCUGCGCUUCAGUCCUGCUUUUUUUUAAUUGCAUUGCACUGCACAUGAUUAGCAUUUCCCAGCUCUCACACACCUGAUUACACUCACCAGUAAGCAUGUGCCAGUAUUUUCAUAUCAUGAUACAUCGCUGGAACAUUUCCUCAGUGAGAGGACUUGCCUUCUCUGCAACAGAGCUCCAAAAUAAAGGACCAUAGAAGACUUUAUGAUGUUUUACAGACAAUAGAUUUGUAUAUCUUCUCAGUAUUGCUGCCUAUUUUUCACAAUUGUAAUAUAUUGAUGUAUUGUAAAAGCCAUUAAUGGCACAUGUUUGCUUGUCAGAAAAUCAGUGAGCUAAAUGCGCAUAGGGAGAGCUGGGAAAUGUGCUGUGCACAGGCUCAGGAACAGCCCUAUAGGCUUUUGUGCACAGUAGGGAGGCUACUUUACAAAAACAGCGCCCUUUUUAAAGCUGGGUGCUGAAUACCUUAUUGUACAGAGCUAUCUGUUCAUCACAGGAAGUGGGCUUUUUUUUUUUUUUUUUUAAUUUUUAUUUUUUCGCCUCCCUGAAAGGGUCCAAACGCUGCACGCUUUAAGCAGCAUUCUGCAUUUCCCAGGAUUCAUCUGUGCCAGUGCAAAAGGCCAAUAAACACUUCAAGUGCCUGACUAUACCAAAUUUGUAUGGACAUUUAAACAGGUUUAAAAAAAAAAAAAAAAAAAAAUAGAAAACAGUACAUACUGUGUUAAAAGGUGCAGGUGGUCAGCUGUGCAAGUGUGUGUAUGUGUGUGUUUUGUCAGUUCAUUGUUUGCAUUCGCUUAAUUUGUCAUUAUUAUAGUAAUCUGUCAUGAUCAUGUCCGUAGCAGUACCAUGUGUAACCUUUUAGAAAGUACAUUUAAUUUGAUGCAUUCUGUCCUUAUUUGCACUGCAGUGCUUACAUGGACAGAGGAAUAUGUUAUGGAUUUAGAACAAUAAUUUGCCUUUUUUGUUCCACCCAUGAGAUAAUACACUCUUAUAGUUUGUAGUUUGCGUUUCCACCAUCAUUUUCUUAAGAAUUUAUUUUGUUCUACAAAAAAACAAACAUUCAAAUACAAAACACAGUAAAAUACAAAUUGAAACUGG